AUGUCAGCCGCAAAGACUGAGAGGAAGAAAGAUGUCAUCAGAUUCGGCGAGAAGGAUCUCAACCUUGCGGCAGAUGAUCCAAGGUACGCUGAUGGAAUGAAAUGUGUCGUAAUGUAUUGGGCACAGGCAACCCAACUCGAGACUCGCGAACAAGAGGAAAUGGUCACAUCCACAUUGGACUCAUCUGCCGUCGUACGCCCUAACUGGACCACGAUCAAUAAGCCAGCCGUGGCCACUAAUGCCACGAUAACCAUGACUGUGGACGGCGCAUAUGCUUUCUCUGGAACCGAAGAACAGGUGACCGUCCUCAAGCCACGGCCAAACGCCGUCGAGCACUCUCUGACAUUUCGGCCAUUGGGACCUAAACGCACACGAAAAGCAACCGACAAUGGCGGUUUUGAUAUUGACCACGUAGUCACUGGUGUCGGGUCGUCUCUCGCCUUCCAACGCUUUGUUGAUGCUGCCAAGUUCGCCUCGACAACAGCCGAAAGGCCGCGAAUGACGAGCUCCGACCUCCUCGAAAUGAAGGAGGAUGUGAAGAUUGCCAAAGAAACCGCAAUGAGGAGCGAGGCCAAACUCGAUGGUUUCAUUUCCGAGAUGCGUCAGUUUAUGACGGCAUUUGCAAACACGGCAGGUAUUCCGCUGCCAAUCGAAGUCGUUGACGAAAGCGACAAUGACGACCAAGAAUGA